CGUUGAUGAUAAUGGUCGGAGGGGCACGGCGAGACUUGGCCCGAUGGUGUGUGCCCUGCAUCAGGGUCAAGGUUCAGUUGGGAGCCCAAUCUCACACUGCAGGGCGUAAGAUUGCCAUAUAAAGAAUGGUUGAGACCAUUGGCGAUCCUGGUGGCACCGCUGCCCCUCAGGAAUCAACAGAAUCCGUUGUCGUGAAGGUAUACUUCCUCAUCCGCAUAACAUCACUAUCAAAGUCACGAUGGAGCCGUCUGUGAGCAAUACAACACAACUCAGCAGCGCCCGCUAACCACCCGAAGAACCCCUCUGUUGUUCUAUACGGUCCAGGUAAUGCAAAGAUCGAAGACAGGCCAGAGCCCAGCAUUACAGACCCCACAGACGCAAUAGUACGGAUCAAGUUCGUAGGCGUGUGCGGAAGCGACGUGCACUUCUGGACAAAUGGAGGCGUGGGCGACAAUGUUGUUUCAGCCUCGCAACCCCUGGUAAUGGGACACGAGGCUUCAGGCACCAUUCAUGCCGUAGGACCUGGCGUCAGCCAUCUCAAACCCGGUGACCGUGUGGCCAUCGAACCGGGCCAACCAUGUCGGUCGUGUAUGCGGUGCAAAGAAGGGUUUUACAACCUAUGCCAGGAUAUGAAGUUUGCUGCAUGUCCCCCCGACAGUCCUGGAUGUCUGAGCAAAUACUUCAAGAUCCCCGCGGACUUCUGCUACAAACUGCCUCCACACGUGAGUCUGCAGGAGGGUGUCCUUGCGGAGCCGCUUGCCGUGGCAGCACACGCUGUACGUAUGGUCGGCGUGCAACCGGGCCAGAGCGUGGUCAUAUUGGGGUCCGGCACGAUCGGUCUGGCUUGCAGCGUUGUCGCUCGACUGUACGGGGCGAGAAAGAUCGUUGCCGUCGACUUGGUGGAUGAGAAAUUGGAAUUUGCAAGAGGGUUCAACAAUGUCAGCACAUUCGAGCCGGACUUGAAUGCCACACCGGAAGAGAAUGCCAGGAGGUUAAUACAGGAGAAUCAGUUGGGUCCGGGCGCAGAUGCGGCAAUAGAAGCGACAGGGUCAGAGAGUUCAAUUGCGACGGCGGUACAUGUUCUCCGACCGGGCGGCUCGUUCGUGCAGACUGGUUUGGGCAAGCCUGUGGUCAAUUUCCCCAUCCUGGCAAUGAGCGAGAAAGAAUUACACGUGCAUGGAGCGUUUCGUUACAGUGCUGGAGAUUUCAAGAUCGCAAUGGAUGUGCUCGAAGACAGCAUCGCCCCAAUGAGAAGUCUGAUCUCAAGGAUCUUUGACUUCGAGCAUGCACCCCAGGCAUGGGAAGCAACAAAACAAGGCCAGGGUAUCAAGAAUAUGAUUCGAGGCUAUGGAUAUAGAGAUUCCGCCAGAAUGGUCAAUUUGUGAAACCGGCAAAUUCGUCAUGGACAGACCAUCCCGACUAUUGAGAGGCGGGCGUUCAUUCGCAGGCUUGAAAUGACCGUAGCGACAGUGACUGUACAAUUGAUAUUGACAGAAGCGUAUAUUUUACACACACACCGAGUUCUGGGCGAGGGAUGAGCCUAGUGUUGGCUCCACUCAAUGGUGUUCAGAUCCACACCCUCUUGGACAAGUUCCCAGAGAGGACUCAAUUCCCGCAGGAAAGUAACUCGCUCCCGAACAGCGUUCAGAACGUAGUCAAUCUCACUGGUUGUGGUGAAUCGUCCAAUUCCGAA